GUUUCAGUCUGUCUCUAAACGUCCCGCCUUUACGUUUCACAGACUUUCGCAAACGCCCCCGGCAAUCGCGCCUCCGGGAAAACCGUAACCGUCACCGCCGCCGCCGUCGCCGCCGCACGCCGAAAUAAUACGAUAUUUCAUAAUGGCGCGUUCGUUGAGCUCAGAGCAGAUUUCGGAGUUGAAAAAAUCGUGGUCGAAGCUCGCACGGGACCCGUGUCGACUGGCGUCCGACUUGGUCAUCAGGUAUAGAACAAUACGCACAACAAUCAUUACAUUGUAAUACAAAUACGGUACCUAAUAAUAUCACGGUACUUGUGCAACGUAGCUAACAAUAUUAUCGUUAUCACCGUGAUGAUUCGGGGCUGUUUGCGAUAUUAGGUACGUAGAAAAAUGCGUAUUUUGUGCGCGUGCGUAUGUAUUGUAAAACGUGGCUUUCUAGAAAACCGUACGAAAUAUUAUUGCAUAUGAUUAUUGUGUGUUUCGGUUUCGGGACCUUUAUUGUGGACUGGCCUGUACAUUUUUGCUAUUAUUAUUAUUAUUAUUUUUUUCUAAUGCAUUUUUCCAUUUUUUUCGUCGCGUUGUACGUUACGGCGUGUUUAACACGAGUGUCAAAAGUUUAUCCAUUACAGACAAAAAAAAAAAAAGUAAACAUUUUCAUAAACUGUUUAAUGUAAACCUAUCGUUUGUAAGCAGCAAGCACUUGUCAAGAUAUAUUUGAAAACGUUUUCUUUGCUAUAAAACGGAGCAAUAAUAAACAUUUUUUUUUCGUUUAAAAAAAACUGAAAUUGUUUAUAGUUUUAAAAUUUGGAUUUGUUUUUAGUACAUUUUCUCGAAAUAUAAUAGAAGAGGGAUAAUAUCAGACUUCCUUCGCACCAUAAGUAGGCAACAGUAGUUUGUGGGCAAUUUGAAAGAUAGAGAGAAUAGGUCAAUUUAAUUUGUAUACACCGACUGAAAGCGACUUUAAAAUUAAAAAUUGCAAUCGUAAAAUGUUUCUAGGUGGAGAAGUAUUAGUUUUUUUCUUUUUAGCCCAGGUAAAUUCGGAAAAGUUCGAAACAUUUUGAUUUCUGGGAAAACAAAUUUGAAAAAAAAAACAAAUACAAAAUGCUUUUUUUUUUCGGAAAAAAAAAUCGGGAAAUUCGAAAAUUUGUUGUAAUAAAGUACCCUUUGGUGAAAAAUCCGCAUCUUCUAAGGUAUGGCAUGAACAAAUCGGAAAUUUUCAAUAAUCCUAAUGUGUUUUGCGAAAAGAACAAAAACAAAAAUCUUUGUAAAACGAAUAGCUUCUUUAUUUGUUGCACACGGAAUAUAAACGAGUAUCUACAUAAAUUAAUAUAUUAUAUCAAUUGGAUUUCGUAUCGAAGGACAAUAUAAAGUUCUCCCGUUUUAUUUUCGAUUGACAACCAAACGGUCCAGUUCGUUGUUAUUUUCAUACGCCUUACGGCAAUUUGCUUGGUUACAACGGCACGGACAGCGGAGCGUACAAUGUACAUGCACGAGGUAGAAUGAUACGUGACAAUCAAAAUCAUAACGGUUAAUUAAUAUACAGAGAAAAAAAAACAAAUAAAUAUUGUUAUUAUUAUUUUACUUUAUUAUUAUUAUUAUCCUAUAUAGGUUUAACGUAUAGCGUAUAAUAUACUGCACACCUACUUGAAACAUUUCAAAAUUAUUAUUAUUAAUUUUUUAUUUUGUAUGUAUUACUGUAUUAGCCGCAUAAUAUAUUACAGAAUUAUCCGUAUUGGCCAUCCAUACCGAAACUGUCCAUACAAAUUUGUCUAAAAGUCCAAAAUAUUUAUAAAUUUUCUAAAAAAAAAAAAAAACCAGCAAUGGCAUUAUUAAUUAUCUAUUGAAUUCGUGGACACAUUCGUUGAUUAUUUUAAAAUGUGAAUUCCUACGCGGCACGUUAAACUCGAAUAAAUUUCGGUCUUUCGAUCAGUCGUUUUUAAAAAUAGGUACGUCAUUUUAAUUUAGAUUUCGUGACGCGAUUGACAUUCGGUCCAUCAUCCAUUCGGGGGAAAAUAUUAUAACUAGUGGUGAGAAGUUGGGAAGAUAAAGAGGAAAUUUAAUGUAACCUAUAUCUGUACACAAUGAUUGUUCAAUGCUAAUGAAAAACGAUUCUGAGUGGAGUUCGGUUGUACACGUUUUGAAAGGCCGUAAUAUUUACGAUUUUAAAAUAGUAAUACAUUUCGUAAAUUUGCCCGUUUUUCCUACUUUUAUCCAAGUUUUGCCAUUUAUUAUGAAAACUCCUUGGAAAAUCAAACAAUGGCCGUCAUGAAGUAUCACCCCAGUAAAAUUUUCUUUCGGUAAAAGUGCUACACUUGCAAAUUGAAGUUAAAUUCCCUGUAGAAAAGUUGUUCACAAAAAAAAAAAAAUAAACACAAUUGUAUAACCAACAUAUUUUCUCGCUCCGCUCAGAAUCUAAAUUUGGGUUUUCGAAGUAUGUCGGUUGAUUUCAAUAUAAAUUCGUGGUUUUCGUUUACAAAUAUUGGACCGCGGGUAACGGUUUUGUAUCAGUAGUAAAUAUUGGAAUAUCGGGUCGUGUCGGCUCACCACUGUUACUAUUAUUACAACCCACUGUAAAAUGAUCGAAAUGUCGGAUGUAAAAAACGCACGUCUAGCUAUAUCACUAAUAGUUCAUCAAACUAAAGCAUCCCGAUAUUUGUAAAAAUAAUUUUGUAAGUAAUAUAAUAUUGUAUGAUAGGCAGUAGGUACUGCAGCAGCAAUGGGUUUUUUUUUUUUUUUUUUGGGAAGUAUAAUAUUAUGAAAACUGCUGGUUUGGUUGUCGGUAAAAUGUUUGAUUGACGUCAAACAUGAUAAAUCGGCCGUGUAAAUAUUAUACAUACCCAUACGUUUCGGUAAACUUUGGAAUUAUGUGCUUUAUAAGAAUUGGCCAAUUUCCGCGUAAAACAAAUAUAGACAAAUUCAAUUUAAAUUCUCUUUCUUUUCGACAUUGUAUACGCCCAACCAUAUGUUAAUUUAAUAAUAUAAUAUUUAUGCUGGGUUGCAUAUACGUUGCAUCAAACGUUAAGAGCUUAAAUGAAUCAUUCAAUUAUUUAAUGAUUCAUUAAAUGUUUAUUAAAUUUAUUAGUCCCCUAAACUUCAGGUGACCCGUUCACUAAAUUAUUAGAUGAGGUUUGAAUUCAAUUCAUCGAAAAGUUAAUUGGUUUAUCCAUAGACUCGGUACUGUAAGGUCUAUUAUGCGUUUCUUUAUAAUAUAUAUUAUACGUGUUAUUUGCACGCUUAUGUAUUUUGGAAUAUUUUUAUUUUAAAAUAUUUGCGAAUAAAAUUACAUAUUUAUUAAGAUGUUAGAUAUAGUUUUGCGUUUAUCAAUAAAACCAACAAACUUCGGCGAUUAAUUUAUAAAAAUGAAAUUGUUAACGAAAGUUAGAUUGAGAUUAAAAGAUGAAAAUAUAUCAAUAUGAUAUCAUUUUUCUUGGUAGCGAAGUUACAAACCAACAUAUAUUUAAUUAGGAAUUAAUUAAUUAUAAUUAAUAUAAAUAUUAUUGACAGUCCAAUAAAACUUAUUGAUCAUUAAAAUAUAAAUGUGAACAAUUAUUUUCUACCAUAACCAUUUAAAAGUUAUAUUCAAGAUGCAAUACGCCAUUAAUACCUUGAAAUGUUUUUAUGUGUGCAAUAGUGCAUACAAAUAUUAAUUUCCCUAUUCCUUUGAUUAGUAUGCAUUUCCUGAUCAAUAUAAUAUAAUAGAAAUAUACAAACGUUUAAUAUUAUUCAUUAUAGGUUGCUCUGUCUGUGCGACCUCUAUAAACGUUGCCUAGUUCGCAGUUAAACUUCUCAUUCUCUCAAAUUAUAAUAUACCCUCUCUCUGAUAUCAGUUUAUUACUUUGCCAGUCUGUUUAUUAAUAUUACACAUUUUCGCCUUUACGUUGAAAUCAUUUAGGUUUAUAUUCCUAUAUUUUAUUCAAUUGGUUUUUUUGUAUGUCUUAAAGGUUAUUCAAAGAAAAUCCUGAGUACCAAUCGCUAUUCAAACGGCUAAAGGGUUUAUCGGUAGACGAACUCGCGUCCAAUUCCCAAUUUAAAGUACAUGCGUCAAAGGUAGGCGCUUCGCUAGUGUCAGCUGUCGACCAUCUCGACAAACCCGACGAAUUAGAAGAGCUACUUACAGAUCUCGGCAUCAAACAUAAAAAGUAUGGGCUAACGCCCACACAUUUCCAGGUGAGUCAAUAACGCUGGUUUUUUUAAAAAUAAUUGUAAUAUACAGACGUUUUUUUCAUAUUGUUUUAAAAUUAUAGGGCUAAUAUACGCAAAUAUAUUACAGUAUUAUAUUUUAUGGUAUUUCAUUUUAUUCUAUUUUAAUAUUAUUUUGUAAAAAUCGGAUUAAUUUCAUUAUUUGCAAAAAACUGAGAAAAUCGUUGUAACCAGUGCCGUAUCGAAUUUGAAAAUCGUUUGAUUACAAAUCGAAUUUAGUAUACCACCUAUCAUACCUAUCAUAUAUCUCUAACCAUAGGCCACAAGUGGAUUAUAUUCGAUGGCACUCGUAGGGGGAUGAGAGGGAUCCAUUCUCUUUCCAUUUAUUAACCCAUCAUUUAAUGUUCAUUAAUACUAUAGAGAUAUAGGUAUGUCUGGGUCUUAAUGUAAGUUAUAAUACUUAUUUAAGUACCUUCUCUAAAGAGGCUAUUUGUAUUACUUUUGCUACUGUACAUCAGUGAUAUAGCAUAGGGGUAUCAACAGGUGUAUUUGCUCCUCUAGAAUUUGUAUUAAAUACUGAAUAGUACUUUCUUGCAACUUUGUGAAUUUUUAUAUUUCAUAUUUCCCUCCUUUUUAUCCUAAAAAUAAUUCUCAGAUACGCCUCUUCUGCUCGUUUUUGUAGGUCAUAAUACAUAAUACGAUACAUCACUUAUUAGUUUCUUAAUUUUGAUUAUUUUUGAAAAUGUAACCCUUUCCCUACAGAAUUAAAUUUACCAAAGAAAAUAUUUUUUUUCUUAAAAUAUUAUUAUUCAUGGGCGAAUUAAUUCUUACGUGAAGUUCACCAAGUUUGGAGAGAAAGGGAAUAUUAAUUGGAAAAUUAUAAAGUACAUCGGUAGUUAAUGAAAUAAUAUAUAUAUAGUAUAACUUUUUUGUUUUAUUCAAUAUUAUUUUAUUAUUGCACACGUCAUAUCAAAUGCAUUAUUUGAUUAAUAUAGGUAGGUAUCUAUUAAUUUGUUGUAUGCAAAUCGUUUUAAUCGUUUAAAUUUUUUGUGUUCACCAUAAAACAGAGAUGUACAUUAAAUUUUGUGCGCAUAACAUGGAUUUUUGCCAAACAAUUUUCCAUUUUAUAUCUUUGACAGUCUCUGUAUUUGGACAAAUGACUCAUAUUAUCAAAUACGAACAUUUUUAAAAAAUAAAUAAGUAUGGUCACUGCACAACUGAUAAAUUAUUAUUUACUAUUGUACGAAGUACCUAUCUAUGAAUUUGUAAAGACAAUACCAUUGUCUUCAAAGAAUAUUUUUGCUGAUAAUAAUAAUAUAAUAAUUAUGUUUACAUUAAAUAUAAUUAAAUAACAUACCUAUAAAUUAAAUUUGAAGAAUCCAUGUUUUAUUUUUUUUAAAUAAUAACGGGACAUUAUCUAAUUACCAAAUAUUAUUUUUUUAUGUUAUGCUAUCUAUAGGUCGAGCACAGCACUAUCCCAAAAGAGGAAUGGUCUAUAGCAAGGUUAAUUAAUAAGAUGUAAUCACUUUUACCCGCCCGCCAAACAUAAAUUGAUUGAAAUCACAAUACUGCAGUUAAAAUUUUUACUAGAUUCGUUGCCUACCCGAUAGAGGACCAAAAAUUAUAUUAUUUGUAUGCAUUUUAAUAGAAAAAUAACUAAAAUUAUGGACAUAGUUUAUUUUUUUUAUUGAAAAAGUACAUUUAAAAUGAUACACCUAUAAAGAUAAAUUAUGCUAUAUUUAUUAAUACGUAUAAAUACAUAAUAUAAUAGUAUAAAAAAGUUAUUUAUGAUAUUAUUCAUAAAUAAUAUACUAUAGGUACAUACUUACCUGGUAUGUGUCAACUGUCAAUAGAUAACUAUUGCUUGAAAAAUUUGAUAUGAUUAUUAUUAGGAGGUAGUAUUCGUAUUUACUUUUGGUGAUAGGUAAUAAUAAUAUUUUUGUUAAUAAUAUAAUUAUAUUAUUAAAAUAUAUUUUAUUAUAGUUAAAAAUUGUUUUUUUGUUAUUAUAUUUUCUACAGCAAAAAUCAUUCUAGUAUUUAAAUAAAAUUGUAUAAUGUAUUUCGUAAGUUUUUAUUCAUGAUCCGUACGGUCCACUUUAAACUCAAACCCAAUGCCUUCAAAAAUUACUCUAUUCAUAACUAUAUUGGUUUUAUUAUUAAAAAUAAAAAAAAAAUAAGACAUAUUUAUAAUAGGUAUGUAUAGGAAAAAAUCCAUUAUUAAAAAUGAUUAAUUACUAACCAUAUUCUAAAAUAUUUGUAUUUAUUUGAUUAUUAUUUAGAACAUUGAUUAUGGCUGUUUCCAAGCUAUAAACAAGUUUCAUUAGUGUAUUUGUCGGUAUGAAUAAAUUUUCUUCCACUCAAGGGCGGAUUGGAAACAUAGUAAAUAAACCAGCGCGAGGUUGUUGUAAAUGAUGUUUAGUUACAUUCAUGACAUUUUUAAGUUUCAACCACAAACAUUUUUUUACUAUCAUAAAAUUAAUAAUAGGUAUAUAUAAUUUUAUGUAUACAUAUAUUUUUGUAAAAGUGGCAAUAUGUUAAUAUAUUUGACUUUCUCAUAAAUUAAGUCCAUCCCCGAUAUUUUAUAUUUAGACCUUUCUAUAAGUAUAGUACAUCACCUAAAAUUAUUCAUAUUCCAUACUAUAUAAUCAGCUGUUUUAACUUAGGUACACAAUUUCGAAAAAUUAUUUUAUUAAGCAAAACAAAAUAUAACUAUCUGUUUAAAAACCAACCACCUUUCCUUUUUGAUAUAUUAAAUUCACUCAUAUGACGAAAAAUUUUCAUAAAAUCUCACAGGAAGAUUAGAGAUAGGUACUUAUUAGAAUAAUAAGUAAUACAAAUUAACGAAAACAUAACACGCACAUGCUUCGUCGGUUAGUGUCGAGGAGAAUAAGUGUAGAAACUAGAAAGUAAGCAGUCCGUGCGAGCAACGGACCGACUGGGUGACUUGCAUGAUGUUAUAAACGCUGUGCUCGGUGGACGAUUUGAACAUAAUAAUAUACAUGAAAACAUAUAUAACACUAAUUGUGAUAAUAAUUAUACAAAAUAAUACCAAAGAACAAAUGAAAUCAUAAACAUUAGAUAAUAACAUUUUAACUAAUCUACGAUACCUAAUCUAGAUAACCGUCUCUAUUGUUUAUUUUCCUAUUUUUUUUUUUUUUUUUUUUAUCGAAAAACAUUCGUAAAUCACGAUUUAUUUAUUAAAUUAAACAAUAAUUAGAAUAAAGAUUAAAAAUGAUUUGUCUACGAAGCAGUUCAGUCCAUCGGGGAAACUCCCGAAUCCGCCCAAUCCGCCCCUAUCUCCACUUCUAAGGUUAACAAAUUGGGUCUAAGGUUGGUUAUAUGGAUUAUGAAUAUGAACUUCCGAAAUACAUUAUACAAUUUUAUUUAAAUACAAGAAAGAUUUUUGCCUGUAGAAAGUAUAAUAAACAAGUGAUACAUACAAACUAUGAUAUGGUUUUAAAAUAUUUAAUUGAAUAAAAUACAGUCAACUCAGGAUAUAGAUAAGGAAUUUUCAUGGACCGAGAAAACGUUCGGUACCUAUAUUGAAAGUUCGUUAUAUCAAGAGCAUAAACUAACAAAAUUUGUUUUAGAGGUUCCGGAUUUAUAGUAUUUUUAAUCAUCAAAAUAAGUAUUGGAAAAAAACGCUUUACCAUUUCACUAUAAGCACUUAAAGUUAUUAAAAUAUAAGCAAAAAAAUCCAUGACAAAAAUUAUGAACACUAGAUAUUUUGUUUAAUUAUCAUUUAAUUUGUACGUUUAAAAACAUAAAAAAAUAACAUUUUUUCUUCAAAAAAAUCAAACAUUUGUCAUUUUAGAGUAUUUUAAAACAUUUUAAAUUCAUAUAGAUUUUUUGAGAUAUACAUUUUAAAUGUUUUAAACGAUUUUGAGCGGAACUCGUUCGAUGUCUUUUUCAUUGUAACCUGGCAUAAGUUUUUAUAGCAAUCUGCUUGAAUUUUAUGUUCUUCUUCUCUUUUUCUUCUUCUUUGGUUUCGGUCAUUCAAAACCACAUAUCUAAAUAAGCAUGUUGCCAUCAAUCUUUCGGCUAUUUGGUUUCACUUUUUCAGUAUCUUUUGUAACACAAUAUUCCCAUCUUAAAAAUAAUUAAAUUAAAAAAAUAAUCAAAGGCUUGAACGCUUUAAGUUCCGAACCCUAGUAAUUACUAUGUAUACGUAAUGGCUCAUUACAUAUAUUUACAUAUAUGAACAGUAAUUUAAAAUAUAUUUUUGAACAUUUUUCGUAGAGCCAUUAAACAUUUAUCGAUAUCUUAUAAUUAGGGAACGGAUUUUAAUGCAAAUUGCAUUUUCUUCUGAUUGUCAGAAAACAUUGCUUUCCAAGCACAAAGUUCAUUUCAUACAUCAAGGAAUUAAGAAAUGUAACUUUUAUUUUGCAUAUUUUUGCAUUUUUAUGUUUUUAAGUCAUUUUUGUAUAGGAAUGGAUAAAAUUCGAUAAAAAUGUAGAUUAACAUUCAUUCUAAAAAAAUAAAAAUAAAUAUUUAUUAUGUUUUUACCAAUCGGAUAAACCCCUGACUCCAGACGAAAUUAUUUGUUGACACACGUAUAUACAUAUAUACAAGUAAAGAUAAGAUAAUCUAUUUAUCUAAAUUGUAAUUUUGUAUUGCACUGUUGAGUUGAGUCAUUACUUCAUCAAAAUUAAUGUUUUUUAAGGCAUUUUUUUAGUGUAUUUUUUGAUAUUAAAGCAUUUUUUUAAUGAUUUAUACUACCACGAAAAUAUAAUACGUGCAUUAUAUACUUAGUUACAAAUAUAAAAUUUGAGUAACACUUUGAAUAGUUAAUUUCUAUAGGUUUUAGGAACUUUUUCUUGGCGGCGUACAGUACGAGUAGAGGUAUCACUCAUAGUAGAUACUUACACCUAUAUAUAACUUGAACGGAUAGGUAAUUUUGCAUUUUAUAAUAUCGUAGAGUGUAUAGUAAAAUAAUUAAUUUCUGUUUUUAUACGGGUCUAGCUGGCACGUAACUGCUAGAAGUCUGAUGGGUAAAACGAAGUAGGUAACAUAGUAAACAUAGUAUGAAAUGUUCUGAAUUAUUGUACAUAAUUUUCAUUCAUACCCGUCUCCGUGUCGUAAAUAAUCCAAAAAUUUGAACAUCGGAGACCACGGAAUCCUAUAAUAAUAUAGUAUAUUUAAUAAUAAUUAAUAGUAUCGGUACCGUUAAAAUGUUUAAGGUUAUUGGAGACGUGUUGAUUUCCAUGAUAGCCGAAGCGAUCGGCGACACCGAACCAGAAUUAUUAAACUUGUGGAAAUCCAGUUUGGCUUCAGUGAUAGAAGUUGUGGUAGCAGCAUGUUGUUGAACGUGAGUAUUUUUCAUUUUGCUCAGAUUUUAAUGAAUUAUUUUAAUCGAAUAACGUACGUUUUAUUAAAUUAAAAUUAUAUCAACCUUUACGCUUUACGAUUUUCGAUAGUGCUGAUGUAUAUAAUAUUGUACUGAACGGCAAAAUGCGAUUUUUUGCAAUGACGUCGUUACUGCGAUAAAAAUAAAAAUUAAUACCAUAGUUAAAAUAAUUUUCGUUGGUCGUUAGUGCGAAAUAGUGGACUAACAAUAAUAUAAAAUUACAAACAGUGAUAGUAAUUAUGAAAAAUGUUUCUAUUAUUACCUAUUAUUGGAAGGCAGAUUUGACUUAUUAGUUAUUUCCUGUAUCCGCUAUUCCAAUACUUGGUGCCGUUAUAAAACCGAUAUAUGAUACUCUAAUAUUAUUGAAUUCGUGAUAUCGGCCUAUGUACGAUAUUAGCUUUUAUUCACCACUAAUUAUUAUUCACUCAAGUGUAUGCUAUUUUGACGGAAGCGUUAGAACGUAUAUACCUCACUGGGUUUUUUCGUGUUUUGAAACCUUGCCUUCGUCACGCUUAAAUCCUUAUACAAGUAGUACAACACAACGUUCUGUACAAUUUCUAUACUUAUUACAAAUUAUUAUUAUAAAGAUUUUGAAUUGAUUUAUUGAUGAAUUUGAUUUAAAAAAAAUAGAUAUCGAUAACACUUCACGAUUAUGGCUUUAACGCAUUUAACCUUAUUUACAUACGUGGUUUAUUUAUUGAUAUAACACUAGAGUGAUAAAACGGAAAUUUACACGAUAACUUGUUGAAGUUGUUGAGAGCUGGGAUUAAUAAUACUGACGGGCAAUAUUAUAGACAGAAUAUUAAGACAGAUUGCUAUACAGAAAUAUCAUUAUCAUUUACUAAUAAAUCGUUAUUUUUAUUUUCGUUUGUUUAGAUAAAUGCGUUUAAAAUUGAUUGUUUAGAGUCCGUGUAUCUAUCGGACCACAACAAUUUCGCGAUCUAUUUUAUUCAUCAAACGUCACACACACUGCAAUUAUUAAUAUUGUUAUUUCUACGACAUAUACAGGUGACUAUUCAUUUCCGUAACAAUUAUAAUAUUAUAUACCUGUAUUAUUAUUAUUUGUGUACGUUUUUGUCCAGUAUUUUGCGAGUGGUCUCGUUCGUAUUUUAUUUUUCAAAUAAAUUAUUAAUUAUGUGCUCGUCAUAUAAUUAUAUUAUAUAUAAUUAUUAAAUUAUUAAUACGUGUUAUCAUCGAUAAUUUAAUUGGACUCACACGAAAUAACACUGGAAUAACACGUUUAUAAUAAUUCAUAUACCUAUGGUUAUUUUGAACGAUCGAUAAUAUCAAUUAAAAACAAUAAUGUUGCAAUAAUUACAUUACAGAUUUUUAAGUGUAAUUUUCUUAAUCCAAACAUGUUUAUAAGUAUUUUAACGUUGUUGCAUAUUCUUUAUUAUUUACUGUGAACAUAAUAUUAUAAUGUAUUAUUCUUCGUACCUAUUAUCUGUAAAAAAAAAAACCCGAUUAAAUGCUAAACCGUUUUUGCUUGUUGUACAUAAUCCAUAAUGUUAUUAACAAUAUAUUAUAAUAUAUUAUUGGCAUAGCCCAGUAGAAUAUUAUUUAAAGACUAUACCUAUAUUAAUAUUAUGGCUGUAUACCUAUCUGUAAAACCUGCCUACAUCGAUAAACUGUGUGUUUUAAAUCACUUACAUAUAAUUAUUGUAAAUAUUUUAAUCUAUACAUAAUAUAUAAUAUUAUACUCGAGUAUCUUAUAUUAUGGUAAACGAAAC